UCUACUAUACACCCCUAGUGCGCAGUUUAGCACCUCUUCACCCCCUUCAGAACCUAUAUAUACCCAAACCACUCUUAUUCUCUCAAAAUUCCACGAUCCCUCUCAAAACUCAAAAGCCAUGCCAAACCAGUUGGCCAUUCUCCUCCUUCUCAGUCUACCCUUCAUCAUUUCCCCAAAUCCCCAAUUCAUCCGCGUCGCCGGGGCCUCAAACCGAAGGGUCCACAUCACGGACGAUCUCGACGAUGUCGUCGACGACGAGGAGGACGACGCCUGGAAGCAAUGGGGCAAGAAAUCGACGCCCUCGCCGGAUCUCGAUCUCCGGCCCUCCGAUUUGUCUGGCAUGUCGGCUCCGGAGAUCCAGGCCGAGAUGAUGAAGCGGCAUUCCGGGCCCACUUUCGGGUUCGUUAAGCUCAGACCGGGCGGUCGCCGGUCCCGGGAUAUGGUAGCUGAGACUGCUAUGAAAUGGACAAAAGUUCUGAGAACCGGAGCUGUUGAGGUGAAGUUCAUGGGUGUUGAUCUGAGCACAAUCAUGUUCACUAUGGAAAGAGGCCAAGAUACAGUUGAGUUGAAGGAUUUUGUGUUGAACCAACCAGAGGCAUAUGAGAUCAAGAUUGGGGAUCAAGUUUUUCGAAGGCCUGGAGAUCCUCCUUUGGAGGAAGUUCUUGCAGAGCUCCACAAUGAGAAAAGCAAGCUGGAUAAUGCCAGUCCUUCGGAGAAAGACGAUUUUAAAGAAGAGUUGUAGUUGAUUAGUAAUCCUCCUGGUAUGAAACUAUAAUUACAGACUAAUGCUCUUCUUUUUAACUUUGUAGCCUCUGAUUGUAGCACCUUCAGGCACUCUUCUUCUUCUUACAUCUUAUUGACCAUUGAACUCAUUCAAGAUAUUAUUUACUGCAACCUUUUGUUCAA